ACUCUCGGAAGCAUAGGGCGGAGCUUCGCGGCAGUGUUUGGCUGGCACGAGAGUUUUUCUGUUGGUUUAUGUUCAGCUUUCAUGACUCUGCAAUGGGAGCUGGUAUCUCUACCUCGAUGGGAGAUGACGGCAUACUGGUUUCUCUCCUUCUCCUCCCAUCUCUAUUCUUUCUACCAGUUGCGCAGGUUUUCUAAAGAGCAUGAGGUCAGCCUGGACAGAGAGGUGCAGCUGGAGAAAGGAUACCUUAUAUGGGGAUUCAAGAAGGACCCUACAGAUUUCGAGUGGAGUUUUUGGAAUGAGUGGGCGUGGCAAUCUCUUUUGUGGUCUUUGAUUGGCCACGCUGUGCUGUCCAGAUUGGCAGAUAAUUUUUUGCCUCGGUUCCGACUGGCAGUCAUAACGGUGUAUGGCUUCCUCUCAGCUGGUUGGCUUCUUGGAGUGCGGGGUGUGACUGUCUUGAUGCUGCAUCUGAGCAUCUCAUUGGUGGUUGCUCAGCUACGUAGCCCCAGCCUCUCAUGGUUUUGCUCCCUCUUGCUGCUCUCCACACUCAAUGUCACUGCCCUCCAGGAUUUACAGCGUGGUUGGUACACUUCUGAAGACCAGUACUACCUCUUGCUCUUUAGUACAGCCGUUUGUAGCUUGCGCUGCAUUAGCUUUAGUCUGGAGCUGUGCUGGCACCCCCUGCAGGCCGGAGGACCAAACCACUGCACCCAUCUAGAGGAAAAAAGACUGAAGACUCUGAUUUUUCAGUUCUACAAGCUCACUGCCUACUGUUUCUAUCACCCCCUGUUUUACAAUGGACCCAUUGUGACCUACAGAGACUUCAGUGAACGGAUAGAGAGGCCGGUGUGUAAAGUCUCUGUGGUGUAUGUGUUGAGUGGAAUACUGCGUGUGUGUGUCUGGUGGUGUUUAGCCGAAUUCAUGAUCCACUUCAUGUACAUGCACGCCAUCCAGAGCAACGAAACCUACCUGGAGAUGCUGCCGCCCUGGGCGCUGGGUGGUUUGGCUCUUGCGUUGGUCCAGUUUUUUUACAUAAAGUAUCUAGUCUUGUUUGGAGCGGUGUCUCUGCUUGUCAGACUGGAUGGACUGGAGCCGCCAAAGUUACCACGCUGUGUCAGCAUCGUGUACAGCUUCACUGGGAUGUGGAGACACUUUGACGUGGGGCUUUACAAAUGGCUCAUCAGAUUGAAAAGCACAUAA